AAAAAAUUUUAAAAAAAAAUUAUGUUGAAUGAUCGAGUAGGUGGAGAAGGAUCAUCAUCAUCAUCAUCAGCUCAAGCAGCUUCAGCCGAUCACCAUCAGCUCGAGCCGCAGCCGCCGCCUGCGGCGGCGGCUGCUCAGCCGAGCCGGUACGAGUCCCAGAAGAGACGAGACUGGAACACGUUCGGGCAGUACCUGAGGAACCAGCGUCCCCCGGUCGGCCUGCCGCAGUGCAACUACAGCCACGUGCUGGAAUUCAUGAGGUACCUCGACCAGUUCGGGAAGACCAAAGUCCACGGGCAGGGCUGCCCGUUCUUCGGGCAGCCCGAGCCCGCGGGGCCCUGCGCCUGCCCGCUGAGGCAGGCGUGGGGCAGCCUGGACGCCCUCGUAGGGCGGCUCAGGGCGGCCUACGAGGAGAACGGCGGGUCCCAGGAAACGAACCCGUUUGCGAACGGGGCGAUAAGGGUUUACCUGCGCGAGGUGAGGGAUUCGCAGGCAAAGGCUCGCGGGAUUCCGUAUAAGAAGAAGAAGAAGAGGAGGAAGCCUAAUAAUAGUAGUAAUGAUCAAGGUAUGAGUUCAACUACUUUUCAUCAGAUGCAUCAAUCUCCUGGUGUAUGAUUAUUAUUGUCAAAUGGUAAUUUUUUUCCUAUAUAUAUAUAUAUAUUAUAUAUAUUGAUAUAUGAUCGGAUUUAUUUAUUUGUAAGAUUUUCUUGAAAAUUUUAUGAUGAGCCAAAUUGAUGUUUGGUGUAUAAAUUUAUAAUAAUUAU